AAUAAAUAUAUACUCUCUCUCUCUAACCUCCCUCCCUCCCUCUCUCUCUCUCUCUCUCUCUUUUCUCUGUGUAUCGAUCUCCGUUACAUGAUUGCGCAGAUCAGCCGAGGAGGCAAACCCCGAACUGCCAUUUCUCUCUCAGUUCUGUGGAUAUUUCUCUCUCACUGGUUGUUGAAUUUGGGGAUAUGUGCGGUUGUGCUGCGUAGUGCGUGGAGCUGAGCUCAGAAGCAGCGGCGGCGGCGGCGGCUCCGAUGUCGGCCCCCCCUGCUCCCUCCAAGUCCUGCUACAACUCGCACUGCACGGAGCUCAGGCCGGACCGGCCGAGGAAGGGGUGGCGGCUCCGCACCGGCGAGUUCGCGGAGCUCUGCGAUCGAUGCGCUUCUUUAUACGAGGAAGGGAGAUUCUGUGAGACCUUCCACUCAAAAGCUUCUGGCUGGAGGGAUUGUGAAUCUUGUGGGAAGCAUGUUCACUGUGGAUGUAUAGUCUCUGCUCAUACAUUUGCAUUGUUGGAUCCUGGAGGAAUUGAGUGUGCCACAUGUGCUCGGAAAAAUGUUCAUUUUACAGCAAGUCCAGCAUGGCCAGCUUCUUUGUUCUUCCAUGCAUCUUCUCCUGAUAGACUGAAGGAUCAUCCUGUCAAAUUGAAUCAAUUAGCAGGAUCAGGUCCUGUACCAUGGCGGCAAGCACCCAGUUUGUUCAAUUCUUGCAUUCCUCGGCCUGAACUGCAUCCAAGGUCACCUUAUGAGGUUGAUGGAUCAAUUAACACCGAUAGACUUUUGCCUCGCGAAAGAUAUGCCCCCUUGGAUUUUUCUGAAAGACUUAUGAAUGGAAGUGUCAAGCAGGGUCCGAUAGAGAAAUAUGAAAAUGGACAUGCAGCCCUUAGAACCGAGGAGCAUCAGAGUUGCUUUAUGAAUAAUCCUCAGCACUCUGUCUCUCUGAAGGAAGAACCAUCUACGCCACAAUUUGGGUUGGCCACAUCUUAUGCAUUAACCAAUGAAACAAAUGGACAUCUAGGGGUUGCAGGACCUCAGUUUCGGCCAGCACCUCCACCUACAUUGGCGAAGCAUUUUUAUGGUAAUAUGCUCCACGAAAUCAAUUCUCCGGUUGAAAAUCAAAUACGAAAUGGACGGCCUCGUGGUGAUGUCCGUGGAAAAAAUCAAUUGCUUCCUCGCUACUGGCCCAGGAUAACUGAUCAAGAGCUACAGCAAAUCUCUGGAGACUCAAAUUCUGUCAUCACUCCUCUGUUCGAGAAAAUGUUGAGUGCUAGUGAUGCUGGUAAAGUAGGACGACUAGUGCUGCCUAAAAAGUGUGCUGAGGCCUAUUUCCCUCCUAUUUCCCAGCCUGAGGGGUUGCCUCUGAAAGUUCAGGAUGCAAAAGGUUCAGAAUGGACAUUCCAGUUUCGAUUUUGGCCUAACAAUAACAGCAGAAUGUAUGUGUUGGAGGGAGUUACCCCAUGCAUACAGUCUAUGCAGUUGCAAGCUGGUGACAUAGUUACAUUUAGUCGAUUAGAGCCAGAAGGAAAACUGAUCAUGGGAUUUAGAAAAGCUUCUGCUGCUCUACCAUCUGAUCAGGAAAAUGAAGCAGGUAAAACUGUCAAUGGAGUUCCCGGACAAGUUGGCGAAGCAGCAGAUCCUAGUUCAUGGUCUAAAGUGGAUAAAUCUGGAUAUGUAGCAAAAGAUGCGCCUGGUGCUAAGAUUUCCUUGUCCAGAAAAAGAAAGAAUAGCACCUUGGGUUUGAAAAAUAAGCGCUUAAGAAUAGAUAGUGAGGACCUCAUUGAACUUAAGCUGACGUGGGAAGAAGCUCAAGGGCUUCUUCGCCCUCCUCCAGACCAUGCUCCAAGCAUUGUGGUCAUCGAAGGGUUUGAGUUCGAGGAAUAUGAGGAUGCUCCAGUACUUGGGAAGCCAACAAUAUUUGCAACUGAUAAUGGAGGUGAAAAGAUUCAAUGGGUUCAAUGUGAAGAUUGUUUGAAGUGGCGCAAAGUACCAGUGGACUCUCCACUUCCUUCAAAGUGGACUUGUGCUGAAAACAAAUGGGAUCCUGAAAGGUCUUCCUGUUCGGCAGCUCAAGAAUUGACAUCAGAAGAGCUUGAAGAUCUGUUACGCUCCUCUAAUUCAGCUGCUUCUAAAAAACUGAAGGCUCCUAAAGAAGAAACUGCCGAAGCUCUGGAGGGGCUCGAUACCCUGGCAAACCUUGCGAUCUUGGGAGAGGAAGGAGAUGGGACCCAAACAUCAUCUUCUCAGGCCACAACAAAGCAUCCUCGGCACAGACCAGGCUGCUCCUGCAUUGUCUGUAUACAGCCUCCGAGUGGAAAAGGCCCUAAACACAAGCAGACAUGUACAUGCAAUGUCUGUCUCACUGUAAAACGCCGGUUCAAAACCCUCAUGAUGAGACGGGAGAAGAGACAGUCCGAGAAGGAGGCAGAAGGUUCAGGGAAGAAGCAACAAGAUCAGGUGAUGCCUAUGCCUGACAAGUCCCUGGAAGAAGAUCUCUCACAGUCAAAUAGCAGCCCGAGCUUGAGAAAGGUGACUGGGCACGAGGGCUCCGAUGAAGACCUGAACAAAAUGAAGACUUCUGAUUCACCGUUCAGGGGCCAGAUUGACCUCAAUAUCCAGCCGGAGAGGGAGGACGAGAUGUCCCCAGGUUCAGAUUCAGGCAGUGGGACAUUAAUAAAGCCGCUCGACGAUGCUACAGAAGGGUACCUUGUGCAGGGGUUCCCUCCCUCUGAUGAGAACCGGAAUCCUUCAGGGGACAAUGCAACUGGCAGCGGCCACCAGGAAGCCAAGGUACCACCUCCUUCAGCUAACGGAUAACGAAAGUGCUGCUUCUUUUGCGGUCUGUAAUUUUGAUGGCAAGGAGGCAAGCUAGGGUUGGCGGGGACCGGAUUGAAGUAUGCGGGCCUGCCUUCUCGGGGGUUUGUACAUAGAGAAAGAUUAGGGGAAGUUGUAAUAGUAUCUUCUUUGGCUGAUUACAUACAGUAAUUCUUUGCCCAAUGUUUACAGAAGGAUUUUAUCAACAUUCAUAUGAAAAGAGGGCAGUGUUAGGUUCUCCGAGUUUGAUUUACAGUGUUUGCUUCUUAUCUUACCAGCCCAGACUUUGCCCUUUUUCCUUGUAUGAUCAAGCUAUAAGUAGGCAUUCUCUUUUAAGUUUUCUGCUAUAGAGAAGAAAAGUUCUAUUUUA